AUAAAUAAUCCAGGGGUAUAUCCACAAAAAAAACCCACCCAACCUGAAUUUUCAAAAGAAGAAGAGCUCCGUUGAAACCGCCAAGUGAGUCCUUCUCCGACGAGGUUGUCGGGAAUCUCAGCCUCAAACCCUAACCCUAGUCGCAGGGACGAUGAGAAAACCUCAUCGUCUCGUCGAGCCCUCGCUCUCCGGUCGAAAAUGGCUUCUCAUCAUUCUCGUCCUGAUUGGUCUUCCUCUUGUUUUCCUCUUAACCCUAAGUCCACACAAACCUUUGCCAUCGCCCAACCCUUUGAAGCUCGAUCGCCGGAUUCCGAAGCUCCCAAGGCUUGCAUACCUAAUCAGCGGCUCCAAGGGGGAUGGGAAGCGGGUAAAAAGGCUUCUCAGAGCUAUGUACCAUCCCUGGAACUAUUAUUUGGUCAAAUUGGAUCGCGAGGCGGCGAUGGAUGAAAGGGUGGAUUUGACGAGCUUUGUGAGGUCGGAGGUGGUGUUUGAGAAGUUUGGGAAUGUUUGGGUGGUGGGGAAUGGUGAUGAGGUUGCGGAAAUGGGGCCAACGAUGAUUGCUUCAAUGCUUCAUGGAGUUGCGGUACUGUUGAAGAAGGCUAAGGAGUGGACUUGGCUCAUUAAUCUUAGUGCUGAAGACUAUCCUCUUAUGCCUCAAGAUGAUAUCCUCCAUAUUUUUUCAUACUUGCCCAGGGAUCUGAACUUCAUUGAACAUUCUAGUAAUAUUGGUUGGAAAGAGUAUCAAAGGGCAAGGCCAAUCAUUGUAGAUCCACGACUGUACGGCUCCGACAGAAAGGAUGUGUUUUGGGCAAAAGAGCAAAGGUCUAUGCCUUCAUCUUUCAAAUUAUUUGCAGGUUCUUCAUGGGUUGUGCUAUCCCGACCAUUUCUUGAAUUCUGCAUCUUGGGGUGGGAUAAUCUGCCACGGACAUUACUCAUGUACUACACAAACUUCCUGUUAUCCACAGAAGGAUACUUCCAUACUAUCAUAUGCAACUCCAAAGACUUCCAGAACACAACCAUUAACCAUGGUCUACGGUUUAUGAUGUGGGACAACCCACCUCGCCAGCAUCCAACCAACUUGACAUCAAAGCAUUUCGAUUUAAUGGUUCAAAGUGGGAUUCCAUUUGCCCGCAAGUUUUUAGAGGAUGAUCCAGUCUUAGACAGAAUUGACCAUGAGUUACUGAAGAGAAACAGCACCCAUUCUUCCCCUGGCGGAUGGUGUAUGGAAAAGAGAUCUGUAAGCAAUUUAGAUCCUUGCUCGGUUCAUAGGAAGACAAAUAUCAUCACACCAACCUCCAGCUCAAGAAGGUUAGAGAGGCUGCUGGUAAAAGUCCUUGAUCCGGUAACUUUCAGACUGGCACAGUGCAAAUAGCAAAGUGUAUAGCCCUGUAACGUUUGUUGUAAUGUGUUUCCAGGCUAGUGUAUUGUUUAUAUACUUUCACGAAUGUUUGACGGAAUGAUGUAUAAUAACUGAAUAGAAAGGGGUUUUAUUCUCAAUAAUCAAGAAGAUUUACUAAUAUAAAUAAUACCGAGUAAAAACUGAGAAUAUCAGAGAUAACCCUCUUUUUAUGUAAGAUAAAAGAGAUAACUUUAACCUAAAAACAAAAACAGACAACUCCCAUAUCAAUCCAUCAUAUACCCCCCAAAUAUUCAAUUCCCCAAACCAUGAGAAACCCAAAAGAAACGGAACAAGUUCUUAUGACAAAA